CUCUAUUCCUAAAAAUAUCACUUUAACCCCCCUUUUUUUCUUUUAAAACAGAUGAACGACGGGCCUCUUUGCAAAUGUAGUGCCAAAGCCAGGAGAACAGGGAUCAGACAUGGAAUCUAUCCUGGAGAAGAGCCGAUUAAACCUUGCCGUCCUAUGAGCAACAAUGCUGGAAGAUUGUUCCAUUACCGCAUUACGGUGUCCCCUCCAACCAACUUCUUAACAGACAGACCCACCGUCAUAGAGUAUGACGACCACGAGUACAUUUUUGAAGGAUUUUCCAUGUUUUCCCAUGCGCCUCUCACAAAUGUAAGUACACUCUCUUUUAUAUUCCGGUUGGGCUGAUGCUCUUACCUAACUGGGCAAUGAA